AUGCCAGACGAAUAUACCUCCGCUGUAGGAAGCGGCAAACUCAAACUGAAGGGGGGCAAAGUGAGCGAUGGCCGCGUAGAGAAGAAGAAAAAGAGGAACAAGAGCAAGAAGGAGCCAAGCGAGGAAGAAGACCGGGAAAAAGCGAAUCAAUCUGUCUCUGAAAGAACCGAAGAGAGAGAGACUGGAUCUCCUUCUUUCCACGAGUCAACUGGGCCGGCUAGCUUCGAGAAAACGGAGGCAGAGAAGAGACAUGACGAAACCAGGAAGAAGAGGCUACAUGAUCGUCUCCGUCGAGAAGGUGCCAAGACGCACAAGGAACGCGUGGAAGACCUAAACAAGUAUCUGAGUCGGCUGAGUGAGCACCAUGAUAUGCCGAGAAUCGGACCGGGAUAA